CUGAUCUGAGUCGGAUUUGAUACAAAGCGAAGCUGUGAGAAAACUUAGAAACGGAAACGGGUUUUAUUGCUGGGAGAAGCGCUCAGAGUAUACUAUAUUGUAUUGAGAGUGUGUAGUGGCAUUGCAGUGGCAAGCAGCACCAAAAUCAGUACCCAGCACAACUCAAUCCAGCGCAUCAUUGCAGUCCAAUCAAUUGACAAUUAUCAAGCCCGUGUGUGAGAGCGAGUGCGGGGGUGCAACAAAACCGUAAGAGAUGAUGUCCAUGAGCAAUCUAUCAGUAGACGGGGAAUUCCGUUACAUUAUUCAAUGGUUCCACGAGUGGAGCGAGCUGCAGCGCGACGAUUUUGUGUAUGUGUUUGUGGAGUACCUAACCAGAGGCUCCAGCGCGGACGUGGGCGGUGUACAUGUGAAUGGCGUCGUGAACGCCCUGGCAACCGCAGGCGUGCAGGACAAGCCCAUGAGCUUGUUCCAGUGUCGUAUUAAGCUGUUUCGUGAAUGGAGCCCAAAGUGGCCGAUCGAGUUCAAAUGCCAGCUGCAGGAAAAGAUCAACGAAAUCGACUCGAAAGUGGGGGAAAAGAUCAUCAAUGAGCUGAAGGGGCACCAUGGCGGCGGCGUGCACAAUGGUGACGUAGCCGUUCAUUUAAAUGAAAAUGGAGCAGCAGCGGGCGAAGAAAUUGAACUGGAGCAGCCUGCUGCAGUCGCAGCAGCUUUGCCAACUGUGCCAACUCCAGCAGCAGCAGCAGCAGAUGUGGCGCCGCCCGAGGUCCCGGCCCCUAGCCAGGCGGUGGAGGUAGAAGCAGAUAAUGACAACCAUUUAGCAGCGGUAUUGCGUCAAGAGACGCCAGUUGAUGACGACGACGACGAGGUUGGAGACUACAAUGAGCAGCGUGCGUCUGCUGGCGACGAUUGCAAUGCUGAUGUAAAUGGCCAUUAUUUAUCGGCUUCGGUGACAACCAUUGCGGUGAAUACAUCGCCCUCGACGUCUCCAUCGCCAUCGCCCCAGCCGAGCGUCGAACCUGUAGAACAGGUCGAGAAUAACGUUACAGUCUCGGUAGCCGUAGCCGCUGCCGAUGUGGUACCCCCAGUGGCAUAGAUGCACAGAGUGGCUGGGGCUUGUUCCCGAGCCAAACCAGAACGAA